CGCCCCCGUCCCAACCCCCUCCCUCCAUCUCCCAUACCCAACACAUCCCUCUAUACACAUCCAACAUGUCUGACCCUUCAAAACUCCCUGGGCGCGUCACCUAUGCCGCAAACCUCAAAAAGUACCUGGAUCUUGACCAGUGCGGCAAGGUGAUGGCAGAGUACGUCUGGAUUGACGCUCAAAGUGAGCUGCGUUCCAAGACCAUGACACUGGACGCUCGCCCAACCUCAGUAGAAGAGCUGCGCGAGUGGAACUUUGAUGGUUCCAGUACAGGUCAAGCACCCGGUGAGAACUCGGAUGUCUACCUGCGUCCAGUCAAAUUCUGGAAGGACCCUUUCCGUCUUGGUGACAACAUCAUUGUGAUGUGUGAGUGCUGGAACGCAGAUGGCACACCCAACAAGUUCAAUUUCCGUCACGAAGCCGCAAAGUACUCUGAAAAGCACACUGCGCAAGAAACGUGGUUCGGUAUUGAGCAAGAGUACACGCUCAUGGAUGAAGCUGGAAAGCCGUUUGGCUGGCCCAACGGUGGUUUCCCAGGUCCACAGGGACCUUACUACUGCGGUGUCGGUGCAGGCAAAGUCAUUAUGCGUGAUUUGAUUGAAGCGCAUUACAAGGCUUGUCUCUACUGCGAAGUUCCCAUCUCUGGUAUCAACGCUGAAGUGAUGCCUUCUCAGUGGGAAUUCCAAGUCGGUCCUGCCACAGGUAUCGAUGCAGCUGACCAAAUGUGGUUUGCUCGAUUCUUGCUCGUUCGCAUUGCAGAGGAGUUUGGCGUUGUUGUGUCGUAUGCUGCAAAGCCCCUUGCUGGUGACUGGAACGGUGCCGGUGCACACACCAAUGUCUCCACCAAGGAGAUGCGUGAAGAAGGUGGUAUGAAGGCCAUCAUUGCUGCCAUUGAGAAACUCAGCAAGAGGCAUAUUGAGCACAUCAAGUGUUACGGUGAUGACAACAGCCAGCGUCUUACCGGUAGGCACGAGACUGGAUCCAUUGACAAGUUCGACUAUGGUGUCGCUAACCGUGGUUGUUCUGUGCGUAUCCCCAGGUCUGUUGACCGGGAAGGAAAGGGAUACUUUGAGGACCGUCGCCCCGCUGCAUCCAUGGACCCAUACCGUGUUGUUGGCAAGAUGCUCGAGACUCUCUUUGAGUAAGCUUGUUCAAUUGAUGGCCAAAGAAGUGGGGUGCUUUCUAGACGUACGCGCUAUACUUUAACAAAAACAAAACUCAUCCAUCAAUGCUCAUUCAUUCGUUCAAUUGCCCAUUUGGUAGCAUACAUAGUAGACAUUCAUCAUCUGCUUAGCCUAGUCACUACAAUUCAUCAGGAUUUUGUGAAAACUCUCCGAUC